CCUCCUCACACCAUACACGUUUUAAAAAUCCUAUAACACUUUAGCAAUGGAUAUGGUGAUGCGAAUGGUGACUGAGUGGCCAGUGGUGAUAUUCAGUAGGACUUCGUGUUGCAUGUGUCACUCGAUAAAGUCACUCUUUUUCGAGCUCGGAGUGAACCCUGCGGUCUACGAGCUAGAUGAGAUCGACAAAGGUCACGAAAUCGAGCAAAGCCUUUUGAGGCGGGGACGAAACCCGCCUGCUGUGUUCAUAGGAGGUGAAUAUGUUGGUGGGGCUAGUAAGAUUAUUAGCCUUCACCUUGAGCAGUCUCUACAACCUAUGCUUGUUAAUGCAGGAGCCCUAUUGCAGGAACCAGCUGUUAACUAGUCUACAUGUUUACACACACAUGUAUACACACGCAUAGUUGUUGGCACUUAAUAAUAAAUGGUACGUUAUGGAGUUCAGGAGACUAAAAACAUGGCUCCAUUUCUGUUUCUA